AUGAGUAACGAAAUACAAGCCGCCAACAUACCGACUCCAGUGGUUGAGGCCAAGUACGACGCAGGCGAGAAGGGUCAGAUCGAACAUGUCAACGAUGUUUCGGUCGACAAGGCUGCAGCCAACUUCAAGGCGGAUGCGAUGGAGGCUGAGAAGAUGGAACAUCAAAUGACUGUGAUGGAAGCUGUUAAAGCCUAUCCGAUGGCAUGUUUCUGGGCUUUUGUUAUGUCUUUCUGCAUUGUGAUGGAAUCAUACGAUGUCUUCCUUAUUGGUAAUUUCCUCGCCCUUCCUGCCUUCGCAAAUAGGUUUGGUGUCUUCGACGAAGCUGCUGGAGAAUACGUCAUCGCCACCAAAUGGCAAUCUGCCUUACAAGUCGCUGGACAACUAGGAGCAUUAAUCGGUGUAUUCUUAGCUGGACCAUUGACUUCGAGAGUCGGUUAUAGAUGGGCUACGUUGAUCGGUCUAAUGGCUAUGAACGCUACCAUCUUCAUCAUGUUCUUUGCCGACUCACUCCCCGUUUUCUUCGUCGCUCAACUUCUCGAAGGUCUUCCCUGGGGUAUCUUCAUCGCCAACGCUCCUGCCUAUUGUAGUGAGAUUGUACCUCUUCGCUUGAGAGCACCUGCAACUCAGGUAUUACAGAUGUUCUGGGCCAUCGGAAGUAUCAUCGUCGGAGCGGUAACUUACAAAUACAAUGUCAGACUCGACACGAGUGCAUACAAAAUUCCGACUGCUCUUCAAUGGAUGUUCCCUACUCCACUUGCUAUCCUCAUGUUCUUCGCCCCCGAAUCACCCUGGUGGCUCGUUCGAAAAGGACGUCUCGACGAAGCUGCUCGAUCUGUCGAACGACUCGGUCGUAAAGCCAAACUUAAUGCUGGCGAGACAGUAGCGAUGAUGCGACGAGUUAUUGAACACGAGAGUGAGGACAAACCAAAUUACAUCGAGUUAUUCAAAGGUACAGACUUGAGACGUACUGCAAUCGUUUGUGGUAUUUAUGCCGCUCAGAACCUCGCCGGAAACCUGAUCGCCAAUCAGGCUGUAUACUUCUUUAAACAGGCUGGAAUGUCGACCGAUACCGCUUUCGCCCUUGGUCUGAUCACUUCGGCUCUUCAAAUGAUCUUCGUCAUGCUCUCAUGGAUCCUCACUACCUACUUUGGUCGACGACCCAUUUACAUUUAUGGAACGUUAUUCAACGUUGUCAUGCUCUUCGCAUUGGGCAUAGCAGCUUCAGUCGGUACUUCCAACGCGGCUUCCCAAGCUCAAGCAAGUUUCGGUCUGAUCGUCUCUGUCAUAUUCACAUUCGCCGCUGCACCUGUAUCGUGGGCAGUUAUCGGUGAAACUUCUUCGAUCCGUCUUAGACCACUUACGACUGGUAUUGGUAGAGCCACUUACUACAUCAUUGAAAUCCCUUGUAUCUUCUUGGCAUCGUACAUGCUCAACCCUACUGGUGGUAAUCUCGGGGGAAAAUGUGGUUACGUAUGGGGAGGAACCGCCUUCGCAUGUUUGGUAACUGCGUACUUCUGUCUUCCCGAGAUGAAAGGACGAUCUUACCGAGAAAUCGAUAUUUUAUUCAGACGUCGUGUAUCAGCUAGGAAAUUCGCAAGUACCGAGAUUGGUCCUGAAGAAGAUGAUUAG